UGCUAUCGAUUCAUCAUCCUGCGCUCCAGGAAAGCAGUGUGCACUUUUUCUUCACUGAAUGUUUUUCAUUUUAUAAUAUUUUUGCUGGUCAGUCAGUGUGUAAAUGGCGGUCUCGGUGGUGGACAGCGAUGCUGAGUGCAGAAUAAUCGAAGGAGAUUAUGUGGUUUUGAAAAGAGGAGAUGUUUACAAAUCAGUUCAGGUGGUGAAGAAAAAGAAGAUCAUUUUUGAGAAACAGUGGAUCUUUUUGGAUGCAGCCAUUGGGGAACUGUACGGCUCGACUUUUGAAGUGGACCCUGGAGGACACCUCGGGCUAAAAAAGCCAAAAAAUACUGGCGACAACUCCACAGAAGCCAAAGAAGCCGGCCAAGAUAACAGACACAUUGUAGAUGAUGGCAGAUCACAGAAACUGACCAGAGACGAUAUUGAAUCUCUCAAAGAGCAGGGGUUAAAGGGCCAGGAAAUAAUUCAGCAGCUCAUAAACAACAGUACAACAUUCAGGGAUAAAACUGAAUUUGCACAGGAAAAAUACAUCAAGAAGAAAAAGAAGAAGUAUGAGAGCAAUAUCACAGUACUGAAGCCUACCUCCCGUAUACUGGCAAUGAUGUACCAUGGCAGAGAGCCUGGAAAAGUAUGUCACCUGAGGUAUGACACCUUAGCUCAGAUGCUGGCUCUGGGGAACAUUCAUGCAGGAAGUAAGAUCAUUGUGUUUGAGACUUGUGCUGGACUCGUCCUUGGUUCAGUUAUGGAGAGAAUGGGAGGCCAUGGCUCAGUGAUCCAGAUGUAUCCAGGUGGUGGACCUGUCAGAGCAGGCAUGGAGAGUUUUGGCUUUCCUUCGCACUUCCAUGAAACACUACAUGAGUUUCCCUUGUGCAAGGUGAAUGCGCUCCUGUCAGGAACACUGAACGUCGACGAGAAAGAAACAGACUCGGCAAAUAACGGACAGUCAGAAGAACAGCCUGCUGCACCUUCCUCGGGCAGCUCUGAGUCACAGAGCAUGGAGGUGAGCACAGACCCUGCUGAGGCCAAGAAGAUGGAGGAGAGGGAGAAGUUGCGUGAGCAAAAGGCACAAGAGAAGAGGAUAAGGAUGGAGGAGAAGAGGAAGAGGCUGGCUGCUGCCGCUGCACUGCUGGAGGGACGAAACGCAGAUGGGUUAGUGAUUGCCAGCCGUUUCCACCCCUGUCCUGUGCUGCUUCGAUUACUCAGAUUUGUGGCACCAUCCAGACCAUUUGUAGUGUUUUCCCAGUACAGAGAGACAUUAAUUGAAUGUUACACAAAGCUCAGGGAGCAAGGUGGAGCCAUUAAUCUCAAAUUGACUGAUUCCUGGCUCAGACAUUACCAGGUUUUGCCAAAUAGAACUCAUCCAGUACUGCUGAUGAGUGGAGGAGGAGGAUAUCUGCUCUCUGGAAUCACAGUCUCUGUAGAUGCCACCACAUCAGGCACUCCAAGAAAAACUGGGGAACCAGCUGCCAAAAGGAUCAAGCUAGAUGAGAUUAGCAGCUUGAGUAACAGUUCUGCAUAGCCUUAUUUAGUUAUUGUCUAUGUCUAAGUUAUUUUAAUGAGAAAAAAACAAAUUGCUCCCUCUUCAUGGAGAAAUCCAAUAAUUACAUGGCUGUUUAGGUUGAUAAUUUUUCCGUUUUUUUAAUCUUUUCUUUCAUACUUUUAGUUCUGAGGGCCAGUAUUUCAUCAAGGAGCUCUUUGACAUGUUUUUUUAAGCACCAUGAAUGUGAAUACCUGCAGCCUCACCACCCAUUGUAGUAGUGUGAUGAUAAUCAAUAAAAUGUGACAUUAAUGGAAA